CUGAUCCUGCUGCAGGGCCACGAGCGCUCCAUCACUCAGAUCAAAUACAACCGCGAGGGAGACCUGCUCUUCACCGUGGCCAAGGACCCCAUUGUCAAUGUGUGGUAUUCGGUCAAUGGGGAGAGGCUCGGCACCUACAACGGGCACACUGGAGCCGUGUGGUGUGUGGAUGCCGACUGGGACACGCGCCACGUGCUCACGGGCUCUGCAGACAACAGCUGUCGGCUCUGGGACUGCGAGACAGGGAAGCAGCUUGCGCUGGUGAAGACGAGCUCGGCCGUGAGGACGUGUGGCUUUGACUUCGGAGGAAACAUCAUCAUGUUUUCCACGGAUAAGCAGAUGGGAUAUCAGUGUUUUGUGAGCUUCUUCGACCUUCGGGACUCCAGCCAGAUCGAGAAAAAUGAGCCGUACAUGAAAAUCCCCUGCAGCGACUCCAAGAUCACGAGCGCCGUGUGGGGCCCCCUGGGAGAAUUCAUCAUUGCGGGACACGAGAGCGGAGAGCUGAACCAGUUCAGUGCCAAGGUCGGUGUGAUCAGA